AUCUCUGUCUCUCCCUCUCUCUCUCUCCCCACCCCCCCAACUUGAUCUCUGUUCUCUGCACCUUCGCCAUCUCUCUCUCUCUCUCUCUCUCUCUCACACACUGCUCCCAAAUCCAAACCUUCGUCUCUCUCUCCUCCUUCUCCAAUGCUUUACCAGCCCCAACCGCAACCAUGAAAUGAAACCCUAAUUCCCCAAUUCAGAUCGAACCCAGAAACCCCUUUUCCUCCUCCUCCUCCUCCUCCUUCCAUUCUCGCUCGCACAUCGAUCGGGAGAGGAGAGGAUCCAUCCAAAUGUAUAGGGCGUCGCCAUUCCUCAUCUCCGUCAGCCUCCUCCUCUCCCUCCCCCUCCUCUUCCUCCUAGCCCCCCGCAUCCUCCCCCCUCUCUUCCCCCUCCCCGACCCCAUCUCCCCCGCCGACGAGCUCGACGACCUCUCCCUCCUCCGCCGCGCCUCCUCCGCCUCCUCCUCCCUCACCCGCCUCUCCUCCUCGUCCUCCCACCACAAGAUCGCCUUCCUCUUCCUCACCAACUCCGACCUCCACUUCUCCCCCCUCUGGCACCGCUUCUUCCACAACCGCCCCCGCUCCCUCUUCAACCUCUACAUCCAUGCCGACCCCUCCGCCAAUGUCUCCCUCCCCCCUCCCGGCUCCGUCUUCCACGGCCGCCUCAUCCCCUCCAAGCGCACCUCCCGCGCCUCCCCCACCCUCAUCUCCGCCACCCGCCGCCUGCUCGCUACCGCCCUCCUCGACGACCCCGCCAACGCCUACUUCGCCGUCCUCUCCCAGUACUGUGUCCCCCUCCACUCCUUCGACUACGUCUACCGCUCCCUCUUCGUCUCCCCCACCUUCGACCGCUCCGCCCCCGCCGCCGAGUCCGCCCAGCACGGCGUCCGCCUCAGCUACCGCAGCUUCAUCGAGGCGCUGGACAAAUCCCCCAGCCUGUGGAAGCGGUACACUGCCCGCGGGAGGUACGCGAUGCUCCCCGAGGUCCCGUUCGAGAAGUUCCGCGUCGGGUCCCAGUUCUUCACGCUCACUCGCCGUCACGCACUCGUGGUGAUUCGGGAUCGGUCCCUCUGGAAGAAAUUCAAGCUGCCCUGUUACAGGGAGGACUCGUGCUACCCGGAGGAGCACUACUUCCCCACGCUCCUCUCGAUGGAGGAUCCGCGCGGGCUCACGCGGUACACCCUCACCGCCGUCAACUGGACGGGCACUGUCAACGGGCACCCCCACACAUACGGGCCCAGGGAGGUUUCUCCGGAGCUGAUCCAGCGGCUGAGAGCCUCCAACCACUCCGAGUCUUACCUGUUCGCGAGGAAGUUCUCGCCGGAUUGCUUGGAGCCGCUAAUGAAAAUCGCCAAUAAGUCCAUUUUCCGAGACUGAGGUUUUCCUUUUCCUCCGGUGAUUCAAAGUAUCAAGUGGAGGAAAAUUUUCGACGAAUGCCCUAUGAUAUGUCGGAGUUUGUAAUCCAUUGGAGGGGGGAGGAGAAGGAAGGUUUCGAAGAGGCGCAAGGUGCCCACGAGACGCAUCCAACCCGGGAAAAGCUCCAAUGCUACUAAGAGAGAGUGGAGAGUAGUGUUUUGCAGUCUGAAUGCAAAAUGAGAGGUCUAAAAGCAUAAAGAAGUGCUUCCGAGGUACAUAAGUUUCCUUUGUUUUAUUUUUUCAUUUUCUUUCUUUGGGUGGGGGGUGGGUUAAUGGUGUAGAAUUGGAUUAGAGGGUACCUAAUUAAGUUGGGGUGGCUUUGCCUCCUUUUUUUUUUUUUUGGGGGGUCGUAAUUCUUGUACAUAUUAUGGAAUUGGGGGAGGGGAGUCGAAGAGGAUGAAUGAGUCCUUCUCAUGUACUCUCUUUUUCGGAGGAAGAGGAAAAGGGAAAAGGUGGGUGUGGACUAAUGGAGGAGGGGAGACAAAGUUGAUGGGCUUAUAUUGUUAUUAUUAAUCAAUCCGCAGAAAGUGAAGUAAAAAAGAAGACGAAAGGCUCUUUUGCUUUGCCUUUAGCCCCCAA